GCCCUCGGACACCAAGCCCCGGAUCGUAGGGGCUAUAGGCCCUGGGGGUGGAGGAGGAAGAGGAGGUGGGGUGGAGAUGAGGCUGAGAGAGGAACCUGCUGCGCCCCAACCAUGGGGUCAACCAGAGGAGGAACCCAGACACAGGGACACGGAUCCCAACGAGGAGCGUGAAGGUGAGGACCUCCACUUCAAGCCCUGGUACCCCAGCCACCCAGCCCACCCUGUCAGACCUUACGCCCCAGAGGAAAAGGCCUCGGCUGGGAUCGAUGACCAGGUGGUGCCCUCCAAGGCUCCAUCCCCGGACCCCUUAGAAACCCUGGGCGACAUCCACACCCGCACCCACCAGCUCCAGGACGACCCCACCUCCUACUUCGUCCGCACUAAAGCCGGAGCCCUCUGCUUCCGCCAGGGGACGGAGGUCGCCACCCCCAGGGAUGACGCGGCACGACCCGGGUGGCCUACUGUGACUGGUACUGGGGUAGGAUCUCGAGCAGGCUCCCCUGGGCAACGUAAACCCCUGGCGGUCCUGAACCAAUCCCACCAACAACCACUCCAUCCGUCGUCCUCCGGCACCUCCAUGCCUCCCAAGGCCAAAUCAAGAGGACGAGGAGGCAAACGUCUGGUAAAAUGUGUGUGUCGGCCGGGGUGGCACGGGCCCUACUGUGGGGUACCUACCAUGGUCUACCACUCUAACCUGCCCACUAAGGAGAGACUGACGCCCAGAGAGAGACCCAGGAGGGUGAUCAAUGCCAUCAACGUGAACCAUGAGUUUGAUCUUCUCCACGUGAGGUUCCACGAGUUGACCCAGGCUGUGGAUCUGUUCCUGGUGUGUGAGUCUAACUUCACCGCCUACGGAGAGAGACGACCACUACGGUUCCUGCGUCUCCUCCUGAACGGAACCUACGACUACGUGCGCCACAAAAUCCUCUACGUUUUCCUGGACCACUUCCCCGACGGCGGGCGCCAGGACGGCUGGAUUGCUGAUGACUACCUCCGUACCUACCUGACCCGCGACGGCAUGGCCAGGGUGACCGGAUCACGCCCCGACGACGUCUUCRUCAUCAACGAUGCCGACGAGAUCCCCGCCCGCGAGGGACUUCUUUUCCUCAAGCUGUUCGACGGGUGGACGGAACCGUUCGCCAUCCACAUGAGGAAGUCGCUCUACGGGUUCUUCUGGAAGCAGCUGGGGUCGUUGGAGUCGUGUCGGGGUGCACGGUCGGAAUGCUCCGAGACGUCUACGAUGCCGACGGGAUACGUCUCCGGCGCCGGGAAUACUACACCAUGCCCGGUUUCAGGAAGUACGAGAACGACACGGGUCACAUCCUGGUCCAGUGGGCCGUUGGAAGCCCCUUCCACUUUGCUGGGUGGCACUGUUCUUGGUGCUUUAGCGCCUGAGGGCAUCCAUUUUAAGCUGAUCUCGGCCCAGAACGGGGCUUCCCACGUUGGGCGCACUACGAGGCAAACGGGAUCUGAAUUAUAUUCGGGACCUGAUCCGGACGGGGGGUUGGUUCGAUGGAUCGGUGCAGGAGUACCCCCCUCGGACCCCAAAGAGCACAUGUACGCCCCAAAGUAUAUGUUGGAGAAUUUGAGAAGUACCUGUACCUUCUGGAGAACCCGUAUGUCAAACUGAUAAAGAUUGAGGAGUAACGAAUUCGGGGGGUUAGAGAAUUGAAGGAAGUGAAUGGGUAAGGAAGGAGGGCCCCUGGGACUCACAAAGGGGAGGGACAUGGAAACAAAACUAUCACUCUUCAUGGGUGAAGGAUACAGACAGAAGGAAAACCUUAGCACUGAUGUGGAAGGGUACAGAAGGAAGGAAAACACUGACGUUGGAGGAUACCUAACGCAAGCUCCAAAAAGUCCUUAUUUUUUGGUAAAAGGGAACAUGGAACCACUUUGGGGGAAUGACCACUGACUACUGACAAAUAGUCCUCCCUAGAAACGCGCUCUAUAUCAACCUCUGAACCUCACCUACUACUUUCCUAGUUCUGACUGACAGACAGGCCUUUAUGCUGGGUUGGUACGGUGG